AUGAGUUACGGGCAGCUAAUGUCCACGAUCAAUCAAAUGAUGUUUGCAUCAUUUGGAUACACUGUGCGUGAGGCAAACGGAAAGUAUGAUCAAUGCAGCAGAAAGGUGCUCAGGUGCAAACGAAUGCUCCAAAGCAAUUCUGACCCGGGAAAGUCGUCCUCGCUACCCACUCACCACAGAAGCUCUGUGAAAAAAACUUCGGACUCUGAGCACUUCAGCCCACAUCUUAUCAUAAUGGCUCGUAGUCGUAGCAGAAGUCGAGAGCGUCGUCGGCGUUCGCGAUCGCGAUCUGGGGAGAGGAAGCCGCGUGAUAGAAGUCGGGACCGAGAUAGAGAUCGAGAGGAUCGAGGGAAACGACGUUAUAGCCGAGAACGAAGAAGUAGCAGGAGCAGAAGUCCAUAUGAAAGACGAAGAAGUCGAAGCCGAGAACGUAGAGGUCGGGAUCGCGACGACAGGCGAAGCAAAGAUAGUCGAAGUCCACAUGAUCGACGAAGGCGAGAUGAUAGAAAAGCUCAAGAACCCAUUUCUCUUGAACAAAUUGUGAACUGCGAACAAGAUGUAACAGCUUUGAUGGGCUUUGCUGGAUUCGAUACGACAAAAAACAAAAAGGUAUCUGGAAAUUAUGAAGGCGCCGUGAAAAUCAAUAAACCUCGCCGUUAUCGCCAGUACAUGAACAGAAAGGGCGGAUUUAACCGGCCCCUCGAUUAUAUUGCUUGA